AUGCCCCCAAACCAAGAAGCAGAGAAUUCGAAACCGCCCAAUACGGAGAUGGGCAUCGAACCGGACCUGUCACAUCCGAGAUAUGCCUUUGCGACAAUACUUACAGGCGGGAGUAAUCGCGAGGCCGACUUGAAAGAUCCUUAUUUUAUCGCAACUCGCUUACUCACCUACCAACUGCUCCAUAGCCCACAAACACGAAGCAGCGCCGAUAUCCCGUUCUUAGUACUGGUCACCAAGGAUAUCUCGCAGGACCGACGGGAUCUACUGAGCAGAGACGGCGCCAUUGUUGUACCGGUGGAAAGUUUUUCUCGCGAAUGGAUCCAUCCAAAGUGGGAGCGAUGGAACGACGUGCUUGCCAAGCUGAAUUUGUGGAAACUCACCGAGUAUGAGAAGAUCACGUUUUUGGAUGCGGAUUCGGUCAUCUUCGAACAACUUGAUGGCAUCUUCACACACCCAGCCACAACAAUACAGAAGACGAGACCCUCGACACCUGCUGUGAAUAUGACGGGUCUCUUGCCGGAUGAAUACAUGAUUGCCGGGAUCCACGAUACCUGGGUGGAGGUGGAGCUACCUCCCGUCCCGGGAAAAGAAUUCUACGCUCGUGACAACUAUAUGAACGCUGGCUUUUUUGUAUACUCUCCGUCGGAGGCAAUCUUCAAUUACUACCUGACUCUUCUCGAUCAGCCGGAGCUUUUUGACCCAACGUACCCGGAACAGAACCUUUUGAACUACGCUCAUCGAGUCGACGGACGCAUGCCAUGGCAGGAUAUCGGUGCAGGCUGGAGUGAGAAAGGUGGCCGGCCCCAAAACUACGAGAAUGGGUUGAAGUCACUCCACCAAAAGUGGUGGAGUACAUCCUAUGAUAAGGCACUUGACGAGCGCAUCGCCAGCGUAAUGGCAGAAUUCAAAGACUACCUGGGGAAGCUGGAAGGAGGAAAUACGGAAAUUGUAUCCCUAUGA